ACGCAUAUUUUACGAAGUUGUCGCGUGGUGUGAACAACGCCGCGGCCGCCAUACUUAACCUGCGCCGACGCCACGCCGCCGGUUACAUUUUUCAAAGACGAAAGACGCAUUUAUACGACGAUAUACGACGAUUCUGCACGAUGGCGGAGAGCAAAAACGACGAUAGCAAGAAUUUAUUUUACACGAUGGACGCUGUGCCAAAGUUCACGGGUGAUGACAUCACGUACUCUUCUGCGAAGUGGACACAAGAUCUCGACGAUAAUGCUGAUAUAUUUGGGUGGAGCCAGCAGCAGAAACUCAUUAUAGCGCGACGAUGUUUAGCUGGAACAGCAGAAUUAUGGCUAAAAAGCGAAAAAACUUUCAGAAGUUACGAAGAACUAAAAGUGGCUUUGAUGAAGGAAUUCCCUGAGGUGAUAAACAGUAAACAAAUGCAUGAGACAAUGAGCAGACGGAAAAAACAACCCAAUGAGUCGUUUUAUCAAUAUAUGCUCGUAAUGAAAGAACUCGGAAAAAGAGCUAAGUUUCCGGAUUACGUCGCGAUUCAGUAUAUAAUCGACGGAAUAUCUGACUAUGAAUCUAACAAGUUGUUAUUCUACGGGGUAACGUCGUAUUCUGUGCUCAAGGAGAAAUUAGUAUUAUAUGAAAGUUUCAAAGAGAAGUCCAAAAAAAGUGUUGAUACCAUGAGACGAGGUCAGCGAGACACGGCGGUAAUGCCUAGACAGGUUCAUCGAUGUUACAAUUGUGGUGAAAGAGGGCACCUAUCUAGUUCCUGCCGCAGAGGUAUCAAAUGCUUCAAGUGCAACGGGUUCGGGCACAAGGGUACGGAGUGCCGCGCAUCACAAGGUAUGGAAGCUAAAAAAGCAUCAAAUAAUUAUUAUGGAGGAGGUGAUGAACAAGAUCGGCGAUCUAUGUUUGUUCGACAGCAGGAGGACGACGAGAAGAACGAGAACGAACUAUACGAACGUGAGCAAUGCGAUUUAAAAGAGCAACAAUGACCAGUGUACAGCGGUGAGGGAAAUUAUUGACAGUUACACACCUUUGAAGACCAAAGAUGCACCUAUCAGGCUGAAGAUUGUGUUGA